AUGGCAGCAAAAGUCCCCAGGAACUUCAGGCUUCUGGAAGAGUUAGAGAAAGGCGAGAAGGGUCUUGGUGCAGAGGCCUGCUCCUAUGGGCUUGAUGAGAGCGACGACCUUCUGAUGUCAAACUGGAAUGGAACUAUUCUUGGACCACCACACAGCGUACACGAGAACCGCAUCUACAGCUUGAAAAUCCACUGCGGCCCGAACUACCCUGAUGUCCCUCCUGAGAUUUCUUUCAUCUCGAAGAUCAACCUUCCCUGUGUCGACCAGCGAAAUGGAAAGGUCGAUCCGUCAAGAUUGCCAUGCCUCAUACAAUGGAAGCGCGAGUUCACCAUGGAAACCAUAUUGAUCGAGCUUCGAAGGUUCAUGGCCCUUCCACAACACAAGAAACUACCACAACCGCCGGAAAAUACCACCUACACUUGA